AUGCAAAUUGAACUUAACAUAUUUUGUGCUAAAAAUGUAGAAAUUGGAGAUGUUUAUACAUCAGAUCCAUAUGUAGUAUUUACCUCUGAAGGUAAAAAAUUAAAAACACAAAUUAUUGAUUGUACACUUGAUCCAAUUUGGAAUAAGAAAUUUGAUGUUAAAUAUAACAUCGGAGAGGUUGUAGUAUUUGAGGUAUUUGAUCAUGAUACAGUUGGGAGUGAUGAUCCACUUGGAAAAGCAGAAUGGAAAGUACCAGCAAUGAAUAAUGGAGAAACUACUUAUCACAUUCUAAAAAUAGAUGUAAAAGGAUAUUUAUAUAUCAUUGCAAAAUGUAUUUCUGGAGGUUGUCAAAUUACUAGACAAAUGAUCGAUCCAAAUGCUAAAAUGUUAUUGGAAUUAAAAUUCAAUAAACUCUAUGGAUUACUUGAUAGUUUUUAUAAAAUAUCAAAGAAAGUCUCUUCUAAAGGAUAUCAGUUUACUGUUAGUGUUAAGAGUAAUUCUACUGACAUUCAAACACUAGUUCCAAUAACUCCUAGUGGUAAAACUGAUUGUACAAAUACAUUACUUAAUCAAAUUCUUUAUGUCGAAACUACUGUUGGUGAUCAAAUUCAGUUUGAAGUAUUUGCUAAACCAAGUAGAGAUAAAUCAUAUUCAUUAGGAACAACUACUUUUGAAGUUCCAGAUUUAUUUGAGACUGAGUCAAUUGAAUAUCUUGCUCCAAUAUUACCAUCAGGAGUAAUUGAUGUAAAUAUUACUUGUUUAAGAAGUAUUUAUUGGAAUUUAAAUAAUAGUUUAAUUCCUAAAAAUGUUAGUUAUCAAGGAAAAUAUCUGUUAACUAUCCUUUCUGCUUCUGAUUUAUCAUUAAUGAGUCAAAAAAAAUUUUAUCCAUAUUGUAGUUUUACUCUUAAUGAUUCUGUUUAUUCUACUUAUUAUCUUGACUGUCCAAAGGAAACUGUCAUUUUUAAUCAAUCUUAUCUUAUCACUUAUCAAGAAGGUGCUUUUUGUGACCUUGAAAUUUUAAAUAAAAACCCUGCAUUAUUCUCUCGUGAAGGGGCAAUAGUUGGAAAAGGAAAAUUUAAGUUAUCAAAUGUUGAAAUAAAAUCAACUCUAAAUAUUAGUUUAGAUGAUGGUGGAAGAGUUAGUAUCCUUCUCCAACGUUUGAGAAGUAUAAAUCCAGACUACUAUAAUAUCCCUGUUGGUAUAGAACAAAUUCCUUUACAACCUUGUAUAAAUACUCCCCCACCUCAAUACAUUGAACAACCUGUUGGUAAUGUUCCAAUUCAAUCUGAAAGUGAUGGGUUUGAAAUUCCUUCAAUUGAAGGAAUUUCUCUCGAAGUAGAAGAUCCUUCUAAUCCUUCAAAACCUAAAAAGAACGUUUAUUUAGAAACACCAAAGUCAAAGUACCAACUAAAUUAUAAAUGUGGUUAUAUCCCACUUACCCAUCAACAAGGAUAUGUCGUGGGUAUGGAACCAAUGAAAUAUAAAGACUUUGCUGGUUUACAACCAAGUCCUCAACAAUUAGCUCAAUUAAAAGCUCAACAAGAAAGUAAUAACCAAAACAUAUCAAACUUUCCUGGUCAAAUGCCUCUUUCAACAGGACAACAACUCCCACCUCAAAUACCUUCGCAACCAUUACCUCAAGAAAUUGGUUAUAAUCCAUUACCAUCUACUGGCCCAUUACGUACAUGUCAAAUGAUAAAUAAUCAACAACCACCACCCUCAGGUAUUGAUCAAACAGUUCCACCUGUACCUAAAAGAAAUUAUGAACAACAACAGAUUCCACAAAACUUUGAAUCUGCACAACCUCCAUUUUCUUCUCAAAUACCUUACCAAGUAAGUCAACAAACAAAUGAAACAUAUAGCCAACCACCUCAACUCCCUGUAAGAAACCAACCACCUCAACUUCCACCAAGAAGUCAACAACAACCAAAUUAUGGAGUUAAUCCUCAAAUGCAACAACCUCAAUACAUCCCACCAAAUGGAUAUAUACCAAACCAACCAGGAUAUACUCCUUAUCAGCAAGUACCAAGAGGCCAAUACAAUAAUCCAAUGAACCCACCUCCACAACAAUAUGGGUAUGCGCCGCAACAAGGAAUGAAUCAACCGUAUUAUCAUUAA